AUGGGGAAAGCAAGCAAAUGGAUCAGAAAUUUCUUGAUGGGGAAGAGAGAGGAGAAGGACAAGAAAUUUGCAGAUGCUUUAGUUUCUACACAAAGUGUAGGGACACCAAUGGAGAUUCUUCCAUCAACUCCUAAAGUUAAAAGGAGGUGGAGUUUUAAAAGAUCAAGCAGUACAAAACCCAUUACACACAAAAACAACAGGUCUUUCGACUCGAUCAUGAAUCCCAAGUUAGAGUUACUAGCAUAUGAGAAUGAAGAAGAUCAUGCCAAAAGAGUUGUGAUGGCAAGAAAUGAAUCAAGAAAUAUGGGAAUGACCAUACAAGCAAAUAUUGCGGCUACCAGAGUUCAAGCUGUCUUUCGUGCUUAUUUGGCAAGGAAGGCGUUGCGAGCUUUAAGAGGAUUAGUGAAAAUACAAGCUCAAGUAAGGGGUCACCUGGUAAGAAAACAAAUGGCUGCCGUGUUAAGGUCCCUUGGUGCUGUAAUGGCAAUUCAAGUUAGAGCUCGGGUUCAGCGAGUCCAAAUGGCAGAUGAAACAAGAAAAACUUUCAAGGAAUCAGCUUUGGACAACCAGUGCAGGAAUGGAUUCCGGGAAGAGACGACUGAGAAUAUACAGCAUAGAAGGGGAGCUUUGAUGAGCAGAAGUACACACAUAAAUCAUACUCUUGCUGGAAGAGUGGAACAUGGAUUUGGUACAUGUAUUUCUGGUCGAUCUUCGGGCUCAAAAAGGGAACAUCAACUUAAGACAUGUCCCAGUCCAUCAACAAUGUCACUUACAGAUGAGAGUUCAAUGACCUAUGAUGGGCAGUUAGAGGAGUUUUCUUUGGAUAUGGCACGACGAAGUUCGAGACGGUACCCUGCUUGGUCUAAAUCUGAGUACAGAAAGACACCUUUUGAUGAUCCUCCUCUUCAACAGCUCUCAGAUUUCAUGCCUACUGACUCCCAAUUUGUACCAAAUUAUAUGUCAAACACAAAAUCAUCAAAAGCAAAAUCUAGGUCACAUAGCGAACCAAAACAACGUCCCAAAUGGGAAAAAAAACCAAAAAGCAGCAGACGAGGAUUGUCAAUGGAUGGGAAGAAUGACAAAGAGAACUUAUACCCUUGGUUAAUCAAGCUUUACGGAUCUGACAAAUUUAGAAAUGAGAGGGAUUGUGAUUCCAUAAGUACAAUGACCAGUAAUUCUGACCAUAGACGGUCACUAAUCACAUUUGAACCUCCUGUGAAUUUGUACUAA